AUGAAGGCGUACUGGUACGACAACAAGUCGGGCGACCAGCGUGAGCCCCACGACUCUGGUCGCGCCGUGUCUGAGGAUGUCCUUGCCAAGCUUGGUGUCCUGUAUAAGCACUGCCCAACGAUCGAGGACGUUGACAGCAUUGCGUCUGAGCGUGGCUACAAGAACCGUGACCAAAUUUGCGUCUCGCCGCAGACAAUGGGUGAUGUGUACGAGGAGAAGGUGAAGACAUUCUUUGCGGAGCACCUGCAUGAGGAUGAGGAGAUUCGCUAUAUUCUUGACGGCGAGGGAUACUUUGAUGUCCGCGGUCAGGAAGAUGAGUGGAUUCGUAUCGACCUGGUCAAGGAUGAUAUGAUUAUCCUACCUGCUGGUAUCUACCAUCGUUUCACGACCGACGAGAAGAACUACGUCAAGGCUAUGCGUCUCUUCCAGGAGGAGCCUAAGUGGACGCCGCUUAACCGUGGUGCUGAGGUGGAUGUGAAUCCCUACCGCCAGCAAUACACAGGAACCUUCCUGCAGUCGGCUUCCGCAUGA